ACGGAUCACUGUCCUACAGGGUGUAAGGGCUCAGCGCUAUGACUUGUUGUAACACAGAGAGUGUCUAUGCAUGAAAGGAGCACAGUGACAUCGACACAGGUCAAGGAGGACAAGAAGAUGGACUACAAAUAUGAUGACGGAAUAGAACUUCUACUCAAUCACAUGAACAUUGAAGACAUCAUCGAUGCGGUGGAGAGCCUCUAUCAGGUCGAGAGCGAGGUUGGAGUGGCCGAGGAGCCGAGCAAGGAAGGCUCGGGGUUCGAAGAAGGCGAUAACGAGGAGAUGGAUGACAGCGAGGAGGCGGGGGAGUCGGGGAGCGAGCCGGGGGGCUGCAGCGAGGGGGGAGUGGCGGAGGAGGAGAGCGGGGAAGGUGUGGAUGGAGGCGCCGGCGGAGUCAAGUACGGGAAAGCGACGGAUCUGCUGGACUUCAUCAACCUCGUCUCGGAUGUGGCCCUGGCCGAACGGCAGCACCUGCCGGAGGAGAUGGGAGUCGUGCUCAACAAGAAAGAGAUGGCUGUUCAAAAUGGCCGUUAUCAGAUCAAUAGAGAGUUUGUCCUGUUUCCUUGGAAGUUGACUUAUAAGAAUCCCCGGACUGGCCUUGUGCCCAAUGGCUCCUUUGGGAAAGUCCAUCUGGCACAGGACACGAAGACCCGAAAAAGAAUGGCAUGCAAACUGAUUCCGAUGGAGAACUUCCGAGCGGCCGAUGUGGAGAUCCAGGCCAAGUUCCGCCACGAGAACAUAGCGGAGCUGUACGGCGCCUUGCUCUGGGACCAGAAGCUCCACCUCUUCAUGGAGGCGGGCGAGGGCGGCUCGGUGCUGGAGAAGGUGGACAGCUGCGGGCCCAUGAGGGAGUUUGAGAUCAUCUGGGUGACCAGGCAGGUCCUCCGGGGGCUGGAGUACCUCCACGCCAACAAAGUCAUCCACCACGACAUCAAACCGAGCAACAUAGUUCUGAUGUCGGACAAGGCGGUACUGGUGGACUUUGGCCUGACAGUGCAGAUGACUGAGGAGAUGUACACUCCCAGAGACCUGAGAGGAACCGAGAUGUACAUGAGCCCAGAGGUGGUGCUGUGUCGCGGCCACGACACCAAGAUCGACAUCUACAGCCUGGGCACCACCAUCAUACACAUGCAGACGGGCAGCCCGCCCUGGGCCACCAGGUUCCCCCGCACGGCCUACCCCUCCUACCUUUACAUUAUCCACAAGCUGGCUCCGCCCAUGGAGGACGUGGCGGAGGACUGCAGCCCGGCCAUGCGCUCCUUCCUGGGCCGUGCGAUGGAGAGGAACCCCACCCUGCGCGCCUCGGCCCCGGAGUUGCUGACCCACGAGGCGCUGCACCCCCCCAGGGAGGACCAGCCCCGCUGCUGGAGCCUGGACUCGGCCAUGGAGGAGGCCCACCAGCUCAUGCACCGGCAGCACAGCCAGCACAGCGACACCCUCCUGGGGUCAUCUCUGUGCUCUGAAGACUCCGGCCACAUGAGGAGGAACUCCCUCUACGGAGACCUAGGGGCCAUGGCCGAGUACUACAAGAUCGUCAAGGGGCCCCCUGCCGCAGAUUAUUAGCUUAGCCCCGGAGGAUCAAUGCUGAGUCAAUACAACGGCUAUCCGCUAAUCACCAUUAGCGCAAGCUAACCUGACUUCCCUGUUUCACACCUCGGAGGGCGUCUACCAACAACUAUGGUGAAUUAUGAGGAAGGCUGUCAAAGACAAGGCAUGGAAUUGGACUAUUGCAAUGACAUUGAAUUGUUCGACGUUAACUUUUAAGUCGAAGUACAACGGCAAAACAGUUGUUGAUAAUAUAUGGUAGUUUUAAAGUUUCCCUAUAGUAUCUUAAUGAUAUGGCUGUAUAUUUUAUAACAGUUCUCUCAGCUUAAGUAGCUUUUAUUAUUCAACCCUGUCAUAUUAUGUUCUAUGGCCUAUCAUGUUCAUUCCUAUGGAAUGGUUUGAAGCUAAGAUAGUAUUUGCUAUGCAAAUUGGGAUGCAUUGGAAUGUUGCAAUUUUUGUACAUCUUUAUAGAUGAAACUAGUACUUACUUGUUUUGUUUUUUUUACAUAGAAAGCACAGAGAAUGUUUAAUGUUGGAUUCUCCAAAUAUUCCUAUUCAAUAAAUGAGCCAUAAAAGAUUGUGUUUGUGUCCAAUGAAAUUCAUAGAUCAAUGCCAUUUUCAUGAAAAUGUACCAAAAGCUUUUUAACCGAAAUCAGUUGUUUGAUCACUAUGAAUUCUUCCUUGGAGACAGAACUGAGCUCUGAUGAUUAUUUCCACUGUGGCUUAUGGUGGAAACGUUUUUAUUACCAGCAUUUCACAAACUUCUCUAUUUUGGGGGCUUUUUAGGGUAAAACAAACGUGUUUUUCCAUUGCAUGUUUUUCCAUAGGAAAACAAAACAGACAAUAAUAAUAUGCAGGCUGACUAUUUAAUUGACAAAUAAUGAUGUCCUGAUACGAAUAUUUAUAUCUAUAUUUAUACAUUUACAUUAUAUACAUAUCGUUUUAAAUAAGUACUGUCAUAGACCUAUUCCUAAUCCUCUUGCAUUUAUUGCAUUGCGCAUUUUCAAAGAAUGUACAAUUGUAUUCAAUAUAAUAAAUGAAAAUAUCCACA